GUGUCAUGGCACCGUGCUGCCGGAUCAUCAACAUUAUCAUGCAGGCUCCCACACGGCGCUGGUAGAAAUCAGCCUGUAAUGACUCUGGGCUUUUGGAUUCAUAUUUCAUAAUUAGCGGGACAAAAGCGUAAGUAGUUCAGGAUGUCUGAUGCAGGCUCGAGUGACCCCAGUGGUCAGCGUGUGCCGACUCCUGGAGGUAGCAUGGGUCUCCUGAUGACCCGUCGCCCGGCCGCUGGCAUCUCUUCUGGCCGCCUCCCCGCAAUGCGAUCCAGAGACCUCACCUUAGGAGGAGUGAAGAAGAAAACAUUUACACCCAACAUUAUUGGUCGAAAAGUUAAAGAAGAAGCAAAAGUUGAAGAUGGGCAGAGGAGAGAGAGGAGGGAUGCAGAUCGAGGUCGGGGUCCCAGAGAAAGAGGCAGGGGCCGAAGUCGUCCAGAGGUCAUCCAGUCUCACUCCAUUUUUGAACAGGGCCCCGGAGAGAUGAUGAUGAUGAAAAAAAGAGGCAGCUAUGAAAGUGAGAGAGAUGCUCCAAGCAUGGGACCCUCGCCCAUCAUUAAUAUUAAAAAGGAGAAGAGAGAGACCGAGGAGGAGACCAAAGAGAUCCUGCGCAAGCUGGAACGAGACAGUUUUCUAGAUGAUCCCUACCUACGGAGUGAGAAGAGGAGCUGUCCUGUCCAGCUCCCCCUCGCUGUGUCCGGAUGGGGAUUCAAGGAUGAAUUUAGUAACGCUUCUGUUAAAAAUGAGAAGAAAGAGGAUGAUUGUGAACCCAUGGAGCCUGCAGUUGAAGUGAAACCAGAACCGGAGGAAAUUGAAAUAAAGAAGACUGAGGCAACUUUCAGGCCCCCUCCUAUCCCCACGCCUGAAGUUCUCCCUGACCUGCUGCAUAGAUGGAGUCUGAACAAAUCGGAAGAGCUGGUCUUCAUUCAGCUGCCUGACUCACUGCCGGGCCAGCCUCCCACCAAAGAGCACAAGCCAGUGAAAACAGAGGUGCAGUCAGAGGAUGGACAGUCUGUGCUUCUGAAAACAGAAUCCGAGGAGGACAAGGCUGAAGACGACAGCUGCAAUCUGAAAGAUCUGCGGGAGGGUCUUGUUGGAAAGAUGCUGGUACGGAAGUCUGGCCGGGUGCAGCUCAUACUGGGGCAGGUGAAGCUGGAUGUGUCUCUAGGAACAUCCUGCGCCUUCCUGCAGGAGCUUGUCUCUAUCAAUACAGAGGGAAAAACGGGUAACUUGACUGUAUUAGGGAACAUCAAACACAAGAUGGUUUGCUCCCCAGACUUUGAGGCUCUGUUGGAGAGCAGUACUUGAUGCUCAUCAGAUUACUGAACCUUCUCGAGCCUGAUGGACACCUGUGGAGAAUUUGACAAGAAGAUACUAAACUGUACCUAUUAGAUUUACAAGUAGAGUGGUGGCUGAUUGAGAUUUUGUGUUUACAGAGUGGUUAUAACACUAUAAUUAUACAAGUAAAGUUUUAUUUAUCUGAUUGAAAGGGUUUAUUAAUUCGUAGUUUAAAGCUUGAAUGACGUGCCAAGAUUCAGUACUGUUUAUCCUUCUCUGUAUCUAAAAUUACUUGAAAAGACUGUACAUGGAUGUAAAUGUGUGAAUAAAAAGGGUUUGUUUUUUUUGU